CAGUGGCUGCGAGCCGUGGGGGCGGGGCCUAAGGGAGCCGGGCGCGCGGGGGUCUGGCGGCUGCCGCCGGCUGUCAUUCCUUCUCGCGUCUUUGCACUUUAGACCAUAAGCCGGAGCAAUGGCGGGGACUGGGUUGGGCUCAGCCGGGCUGGACCUGGAGAAGUUACGGAUGGCCGGCGCGGGUCUGGCUCUGGCGGUGCUUACCAGCGGCGGCGAUGCACAAGGCAUGAAUGCUGCUGUUCGAGCUGUGACUCGCAUGGGAAUAUAUGUUGGAGCUAAAGUGUUCCUGAUCUAUGAGGGUUAUGAGGGACUUGUAGAAGGAGGGGAAAACAUCAAGCAGGCAACCUGGCUCAGCGUGUCCAACAUCAUUCAGUUGGGUGGCACCAUCAUUGGUAGUGCCCGCUGUAAAGCAUUCACCACCCGGGAGGGCCGCCUCCAGGCUGCGUACAACCUGGUGCAGCAUGGUAUCACCAACCUGUGUGUCAUUGGUGGAGAUGGAAGCCUGACUGGUGCAAAUAUCUUCCGCACAGAAUGGGGUGGACUUUUGGAAGAGCUUGUCACAGAAGGAAAGAUCACGGAGGAGGUGGCUCAGACAUACUGUCAUUUAAACAUCGUUGGCCUGGUGGGUUCCAUUGACAAUGACUUCUGUGGCACAGAUAUGACCAUUGGCACAGACUCUGCUCUGCAUCGUAUCAUGGAGGUUAUUGAUGCAAUCACCACUACUGCCCAGAGCCACCAGAGGACAUUUGUGCUGGAAGUGAUGGGCAGGCACUGUGGAUACCUUGCAUUAGUCUCGGCUUUGGCUUCUGGUGCUGACUGGCUUUUCAUCCCUGAGUCACCACCUGAGGAUGGCUGGGAGGAUUUUAUGUGUGAGAGGCUCGGUGAGGCACGAAGCAGAGGAUCCCGAUUGAAUAUUAUCAUCAUUGCUGAAGGUGCCAUUGAUAGGAAUGGGAAACCGAUCACUUCAAAUUAUGUUAAAGAGCUGGUUGUGAAGCGCCUUGGCUUUGACACUCGUGUGACUGUCCUUGGCCAUGUGCAACGUGGGGGGACCCCCUCAGCGUUUGAUCGUGUCUUGAGUAGCAAAAUGGGCAUGGAAGCAGUGAUGGCAUUACUAGAAGCAACUCCAGACACUCCAGCCUGUGUGGUGAGUCUCUCUGGGAACCAGUCAGUGCGUCUGCCCCUCAUGGAAUGCGUACAAGUGACCAAAGAUGUCCAGAAAGCAAUGGAUGAGAAAAGGUUUGAUGAAGCAAUCCAGCUCCGAGGGAGGAGCUUUGAAAACAACUGGAAUAUUUACAAGCUACUUGCGCACCAGAAGCCAGCACAAGAAAAGAGCAAUUUCAGCAUUGCCAUUCUGAAUGUGGGAGCCCCUGCAGCAGGGAUGAAUGCGGCAGUCCGGUCAGCUGUCCGUAUUGGGAUUUGUCAAGGCCACACAAUGUAUGUGGUAAAUGAUGGCUUUGAAGGCUUGAGCAAAGGACAGAUCCAAGCAGUUGGCUGGCAUGAUGUGGCAGGAUGGCUAGGCCGUGGAGGAUCCAUGCUGGGGACCAAGCGAACUCUUCCAAAGACAUGCAUGGAAAAGAUUGCUGAAAAUGUUCGGAAAUUUAACAUCCAGGCUCUGUUGGUUGUUGGAGGAUUUGAGGCAUAUGAGGGAGUCCUCCAGUUGGUGGAAGCACGGGGACAGUAUGACGAGCUUUGUAUCAUCAUGUGUGUGAUACCAGCUACCAUCAGUAACAACGUUCCUGGCACUGACUUCAGUCUGGGAUCUGAUACAGCUGUCAAUGCUGCCAUGGAAAGCUGUGACCGCAUCAAGCAAUCUGCAUCAGGCACAAAACGACGUGUAUUUAUUGUGGAAACUAUGGGAGGCUAUUGUGGCUAUUUGUCAACCGUUACCGGCAUUGCAGUGGGAGCUGAUGCUGCCUAUGUCUAUGAAGAACCAUUCACCAUUCAUGACUUAAAGGCAAAUGUUGAACAUUUGACUGACAAAAUGAAAACAGACAUUCAGAGAGGCCUAGUACUACGGAAUGAGAAGUGCCAUGAGCACUACACCACUGAAUUCCUCUACAACCUGUACUCUUCAGAGGGGAAAGGUAUAUUUGAUUGCAGGAUCAAUGUCCUAGGUCAUCUCCAACAGGGAGGUGCUCCAACUCCCUUUGAUCGCAACUAUGGCACCAAGCUGGGUGUGAAAGCUGUACUGUGGAUGUCAGAGAAGCUGAAAGAAGCUUACCGCAAGGGCCGUGUAUUUGCCAAUUCUGCAGACUCUGCCUGUGUGAUAGGAUUGAGGAGGAAGACUGUGUCCUUUAGCCCUGUGACUGAGCUCAAGAAAGUCACAGAUUUUGAGCACAGACUCCCCAAGGAACAAUGGUGGCUGCACUUGCGCCUUAUGUUGAAGAUGUUGGCCCACUACCAGAUCAGUCUGACAGAAUAUGUGUCUGGAACAAUGGAGCAUGUCACCCGGCGCACACUCAGCAUUGAGAAGGGAUUCUAGCUCUAGUCUUUCUUUCUCCUUGCCCCGACCAAUCCCCUGUAGUUCCCUUCCCUUUCUGGUCUCCUCACGCCUUUUGAGUGCAGUGCUGUUGCCACCGUGAACUUGCAGGAGUGUGGUUGACAGAAGCCUGACUGAUGUUGUAGAAUCCUUCCGUGUCCACAGCAGAUUAUUCUCCUCCCUGCCAACUAGGUGGAGGGAGGUUGCUUUCCUGUCUUUAGCUCCCUUUCCAAAGCCAGUUACCCCCCAGGAAGCAGAAGCUGAAUGCAGGGUUAUGAAAGCACACAACCCCUUGCCAACCACCAUCCCUUCCUGUUUCAUAAGAUAAGUCUUUUAUUCUUAAAUAUUAUUUAACUAAUCAUGUACUAAACAUCACAAGGGCAAUAGGCUGGUAUAAGAAUCUUUCCAACCAGGUGCCAUGGACAAGGCAAGAUUACAGAACGGAGUUUCUCUUAGUUGGGAACCACAUAGAAUGUGGGAUUGCCAAACACCUCCUCGGGUUUGGGAGCACUGUAAGAAAUCUGAUGGGUCCAGUUUUUGUUGCUAUCUUUCUAGCAUUCAGGAAAGCUCCUGUCUGGUAGGAGUAUUUCACAUGCACAUUUUUCUUGCAAUGUAGCAACAAACAGCAAAAGAGCUGUUUUACCCUUGCUUGCUUCUCCUUCUCUCAGUGGCAUGGCACAUGCCAACCAGAAGAGGGCUGUGUUUCUGAGUGCUGGACUAGGGUUCCUCAUGUGCUGUGAAAUUGCACGGAGAACCCUCUUCUCCAUGCUACUGAGGAAAUUUGUUUGAUUCAUUGUUCCUGGCCAGAGCGAUGGUAGCAGCUCCAGUGGCCACGCUGUAUCUGUGCUGUAGUUGGUGCACAUCUGUGUCCUGUGUAGGCUGUAUUUGUCUAUGGCACAGCUUUGUAUGCUCUAGAUAUAUAAAAUCAAUCCACUUUAAAAAAUAA